AUGCAACCUCUACCACUGUUUGCCCGACAACAACCGCAACACUAUUUUAUCGAGAACAUAUUGAAAUAUGACACUGACUACGAACAAAGAAAAAAAGAAGAACAACAACAAAUCUAUAAUCAUCAAAUAAACCAAUUGUUUUCAUACGAACCACAUUUAAAAUAUUCGUCAAGGUGUUCACAGAACAACAAAAACAAUUAUUCAAAUCUAAAACAAGUUGUUAAUACAUUUUCUCCAAAUGUAGCAACAACAAUAACAACAACAACGAAUACAAACACAACAACAAGUGGUUAUUCAACAGCUGGUGAUGAUAGUGAGAGUUCAGCCGCUUUAAGUCAAAUUCUCGUGAAUAAUUCGUCUGAUAUAUCUAUAUUAGAUACAGCUAACGGUUUUGUUAAACAGCCCAAAACUUCCUACAUACGCUACGAAACAAGCAGUGACGACUCAAAUCAAAGUUAUAGAAUUAGACAACAACAGCCACAACAGCAACAACAACAACAAAAACAAAAAAAAUCUGUAACUUCUCAAGAAAAGUCACAUGAAUGCCAACCGCAGCAUCCAUACAAAGCACAUCAUCAUUCAGGUAUUCAAACAUUGUUUUCCAAAUUGAAAAAUUUUGUUUCACGAAAAACAAAAAAACAACCAUCGUUUUCUAAAACUAUCACUUUACCUAAGUCAACAAAAAUGGAAAAUGAACGUCAACAUUAUAUUGAGAAUAGUACUAAUUAUCAUCAAAAAGAUACAUUAUCGUGUAAUAACUACUAUGAACGUAUAGGAGAAGAAAAAAACAGUUAUCAGUGUACAACUCUACCAUUCACAUAUGAACAACGACAAGAACAUGAACAAACGAGAAGAGCAAUGACAAAAAUUAAAAAUAAUGAUCUUCAUCAAUAUUCUUAUUUUGAUCGAAUAUCAGCUUGGCUCGAAUCUACACGAACAUUAAAUGAUGGUAUAGGUGAUUUACCAUUUAUCGAUGAUAAUAACAAUGAUUUAAUUUUAACAGAUAAUCUAUCAACAAAAAAAGAUUCAACAACAAUUAAUAAAGGUACGAAUAUGAAUAGUAGUAGUUGUUGUAGUAGUCCUAGUAUUCUCAAAUCUACUAUAGUAGUCAUGGGGCAAUUAUAA